UUGGGGCGGCUUAUGUCUCCGACCGCAUAUAAAUACGUCUAACUUACAUUCUAUUGCAUUAGAUUAAUCUUUUAUUGUUAUUAUUGAAUGUCUACCUACGUUAUCACUGGAGCUUCCCGAGGUCUUGGUCUUGAAUUCGUAAAGCAGCUCUCUGCAAAGGACAACACCGUAUUCGCCUGUGCUCGUAACCCUGAUCAAGCAGAAGAACUAAAGAAGUUGGUUGACAAUAAAAAGGUCUAUUCUAUCAAACUUGAUACAACAAAUGAACAAUCAUUAAAGGGCGCAGUUGAUGAGAUCUCCAAGCAUGCUCCUAAUGGUAUUGACGUCUUGAUCAACAAUGCAGGCAUUGCCUUAUCCAGAAAAACCAUCGAAGAAACGGGCAAAGAUGAGUUAAUGAAGACAUUUGAAACCAACGUCGCUGGUGUUGUCGAGACUACAAAUGCCUUCCUGCCUUUGCUUCGUAAACGCGGCAAAGACCAUACCAAGAAGAUUGUGAACAUUUCAUCUCUUCUCGGUUCUGUCGGACUCUGUGAUUCGAAAUUGGCUGCUGCCUAUAGAGUUUCUAAGAGUGCUGUGAAUAUGGUUACCAAGCUACAAUCACUUCAAUUCGCUGAAGAGAACUUUAUUGUAUAUUCCGCUCAUCCUGGUUGGGUUCAAACAGAUAUGGGUGGCGCUGAUGCUCAUAUUACGCCAGAUGUAUCCAUCAAGGGAAUGCUAUCUAAGCUUGAAAGCGCUACCUCAAAGGAUAACGGUGGCUUCUUCAGCUAUACAGGAGAAUCAAUGGAGUGGUAAUUUAAAUAAAGCAAAUGUGUAUCCUUGAAAAGCACGCAUUUUUAAAAGCAGG